AUGAAUUUAAGUAUCGGAAAGAUAGAUUUUAACAAUAUUUAUGUUGAUAUAUUAAAUAUCCAAGAAACAUUAGUAAGUCAUAUUCAAAAUAUUGUUACUCAUGUUUACAAAUUAAUAGAAAAAGCAAUAUAUACAAAUAUUGAAAAAAGAGAAUUAUUAAGAGAUAAAUAUGACGUUAAUUUCCUAAAUGAUGCAAAUAAAAAAAAAAUGACAAAUGAUUCAAUUGAUAUUAAGGAUACAGAUGAAGAUGUAGAGAAACACGAAAUAAAUGUAUGUGUAAAUGAUUUAAUUGUUGAAAGUAAAUUUGUUAAAAAUAAUGAAAAUCAUAAUUUAAAUAAGGAAGAGGAUAUAAAUAGUGAAGAAAAGUUUCAAUUUCCAAUAGAAAAUUCACAACAAAAUGUAAAUAUUCCUCAUGAAAUACAUAACUAUGAAGACAAAAAUAUAACAGGAAAUAAUAAAAAUAAUGAUGAUGACAAUAUAAAAAAAAUUAUUUUAAAUAAUAAUAUUCAUGAUAUAAAAACAAUUAUUUCAGACGAAAAUAAAAAUAAUUUAAAUGGAUAUAAUAAUAACAAUAGUAAAAAUAUUUUAAAUGAAUUGGAUGAUAAUAUAAAAAUAAAUAAUGUAAAUAAAGGUCAUAGUGAUAUAAAUAAAAGUAUUUCAAAUGAAAUAAAUUAUGGUAUAAAAAAAAAUAACUUAAAUGAGAAUAGCGAUCACAAAAAAAAAUGUAUUUUAAAUGUAGACAAUUAUUUGGUGAAUAAAAAUAUUGAUAAUAUACUAAAUGAAAAUAAGUUAAAACUAAAAAAGCACAUUGCUUUAUUAGAAUUAAUAAAAUAUGUUAUUCUAUAUUCUUAUUAUUCAAGUAAUGAAAAAAAAGAAAUAAAAAGUGAUAUAAAUAAAAAAGAAAAUAUCAACAAAAAAUUUUUGGCUGAAAGCUAUAUUAACAAACUAAAAGGAAACAUAGAAAUUUUAAAAUUUGAUUUAAAUAAUGAUAUAUCAAAUUAUAAUUUUUGCAACUUUGACUUAUCAAAUGUAAAAAUUAAAUAUAUAAAUAUAAUUAAUUAUUAUAUGGAAUUAUUAUCACCUUUUAAUAAAUUUUAUGAUGAAAAAAAUAAAGAUAAUAAAGAAGAUGAAAAAAAUUUGAAAGUAAUAAGAAGAAAAUUAGAUGAAAUAAUAUUAAAUUAUGAUUAUAUUAUUGACGAAAUUUUAAAAAAAAAUAAUUUUAGUGAAUUAUCAGAAGAAUAUUUAAGCAAUUUAAAAAAACAAAUUAUACAAGGAAAUUUUCCAGAAAAUAAUAAAAGUGGUAGUAAUAUAAAAAAUGAAUAUAUAAAUAAUAUGUAUAUUUCCAGUAAAAGUGAAACAAUAGAAGACAAAAAAUUAUCAAGCAAAAUUAAAAAUAUUUCAAAUAAUUUAUUAAAUAAUGAAAAUAAUAGUAUUUUAAGUAAAAAUAUAUUUUUUAAUGGUUUCCCAUAUGCUUUUAAGAAUAUAAAUGAAAAUUUAAAUAACAAUUUUUUAUAUAAAAUGAAUAUAUUUAAUAAUCAUAAUAUAAAUGACAUAAAUUUUGAUUAUCUUAAUAAAGCAAACAUAAAAACGAUAAAUUCAUUAAAGAAAAAAAAUAGCAUUAAUAAAAAUAUAGAAAAUAUAUAUACUCAAUAUGUUAAUUAUAAUUCUGUUCCCAUUAAAAAUAUAAGUAAUGUAAAAGAAUUAUAUAAAAAUAAUUUAAAUUAUAAAAAUUUGAGUGACUUGAAUAAAACGAAUUUAAUUAAUUUAAAUUUGUCAGAUAUUAAAAAUUUCAAUGCAAUUAGAGGCAAUUCAUGUGAAAAUAUAAAUAAUGAGGAUAAAAAUUUAAAAGAUCAAGAACAAAUCAAUUAUGAUAUAUGCAGUGGUGGUAUUACAAACAACAAAAAAAAUUUUAAAUCUCAACAAAUAAAUGAUUUAAAUAAUAAGAAUGAUUUUAUUCCACUUAAUAGCACUAACGGUAUGAUUAAGGAAUAUAUAUGCAAAUGCAAUAAUAAUAAUUCAAGAAACGACUCAAAAAAUGAAAAUGAAGAGAUAUUACAUUAUAAUUGUAAUAAUGAAAAUUUAAAAAAUUUUGAAAUAAAAAACCAAAUUAUUGAUAACAAUAAGGUUUCAUGCAUGGAGAAGAAUAAUAUAAACAAUAUGGUUAGUGAUUACAAAAAUAACAAUAAAAAAAAUAAUGAAAUCACAAAAAACAAUGUGAUUAAUGAACAUGGUUUAUUUUCAAUUAAGGAACCAGCAAAUUUUAACAAAAAUAAUAAAAAUUGUGAUUUUUUAUUUUACGAAGAAUCUAAUAUAAAAAAUGACGAAACUAAAUUAAAAUAUAACGAUAAAAAUAAAACAAUAGGAAUAAAUGAAAACAAAGUAAAUAAUAUAGAUGAAAAAAUAAAUAUUAGCAGUAAAGAAAAUUGCUUAAACGAAAAGCUCAUAAAUGGUAAAGAAAAUAAGAUACAUGAAUAUGUGUUUAAUAAAAAUGAGUUAAAUCAUAAAAUUGAUAAAUUAAAUAGAAAAACAGAACAUAAAUCCAAUGAAGCUACUGUAGAAGAAAUUAACUAUAAUGGAAACAACAAUUUUAAAGAUCAAUCAAGUUUUAAUGAAAAAUAUAAUUUUAAUGAUGUUGAAAAUUAUAACAAUAUAUAUGUAUCAAGUAAUAAUAUGUGUCAACUAAAUUCUUAUAACAAUGAAGAUAUCCAUGUAUAUAGUAAGAAUAUAUCCAUUAACACUUCAAAAAAAAACAUUAAUAAUGAAAUACAAAACUAUAAUAAAAUUCACGAUACAAAUGUUAAAAGCAUGAACUCUAUGUCAUUAAAUCAAGAGCAUGCUAUUUCAUUAUUGGAAUCAAAAGAUAAUUAUAAAAAUAAUAAAAAAUUUGAAACUAUUCAACUUGAUCAUAGUAAUAAUAGUAAUGAUACAAGUAACAAAAAUAAUUACAAUAAUAAUGCUGAUAACGAUAAUAACAAUAAUAAUAUCAAUAAUGAUUAUGAUAGUAAUAACAACAAUAAUAAUAGUAAUAAUAAUGAUAAUAGUAAUAAUAGUAACAGUAGCAAUAAUAAUAAUAAUUAUAAUAGAAAUAAUAGUAAUAGCAAUAAUAACAAUAGCAACACGAACAAUAACAAUAGUAAUAAUAAUAAAGACAACAACAACAACAAUAAUAAUAAUAAUAAUAGAAACAAUAGUAACCAUAACGAUGACAAUAAUGACGAUAACAAUAAUAAUAACAGUAAUAGUACCAAUAACAACAAUAAUGAAGAUGAUAACAAUAACGAUAGUAAUGAUAAUGAUAAUAAUUAUGAUGAAAAAGAGGAUAUGGAUAAGAAAAAUAGUGGUGCUGAAAUUAAUAACAGUAUUUUUAAAAAUAAUAUUAUUAACUCUUUAAAUAACAAAUUUAAUUUAGACAAAGAUAACUUACAUAAUCCUUACAAUAGUUUAAUAGGAAAUAUAAAUGAGGAUGAAAAUAUAAUAAAUAUAGACGAAGUUGUAGAGAUAGAAGAAAAAAUAAAGAAUUUUUUAGAAGAUACUAAUUUAAUAGAGAAAAAUAAAAAUAAUAUUAAGGAGUAUACAAACACAAAUGAAUUUAAUGACUGCAAUGAAAAUUUAGUAAAUAAUGAUUUAAAUAAUUUAUAUAAUUUUUAUAAUAAUAUAAAUAGUAAAUCGAUGAGUACAAACAUAGAUAUAAUGAAUAAUGAAAAUUUUGAAAAAAUGAUAUCGAAUGAUUCUUUAAACACAUUUGAAAACAUAAAUAAGGACAUAAUUGAUUUAAACAUAAAUAAUAAUUUAAAAAAUUAUAAUAAUGAUAUAAUGAAUAAUGAAAUAUACUCUUCAUAUUUUGAUAUUUAUAGUAAUUUUAAUGAAAAAAAUGGAAUAAAUAAUAAUCUAAAUGAUUUUGAUAAAAGUAAUAUAGAAUAUGAUUUGAUGAAUUUUGCUAAUAAUACAUAUAUUGAUAUUCAUAAAAUUCUUCAAAAUAAUGAUAUAUUAAAAAAUGAAUUUACAAAUAUAGAAGAAUCAUUUAAACUAUUUCCUAACUUUCUACAUAAUAAAAAAAUAAAGUCAAAACAUCCUAAUGAAGAUAUGCUUGAAAUGUAUAAUAAUUAUAAAAAUAUGUUAAAUUCAGAAGGCAUUAUGAGAAAUGAAGAUAUAAAUCAAUUAAGUGAAGAAUUUUUUUUUAAUCACAAUCUUCAUAAUAAUAUUGCACCUAACACUUUAACUAAUAAUAUGAUUAAUAAUGAUUUUGAUAAUAAUAUAAAUAAAAUUCUAGAUAUAAUGAAUACAAAUAAUGAUAUUCAUCAAAAUAAUAUGAAUAAUUUUUCAAUAAAUGAAGAUAGCUACAAUGAUAAAAAAAAUGAAAAUACCAAUUUUUCUUAUAAUAUGAACAAUUAUACAACAGAUAUGUAUAAAAAAUCAAAAGAUAAAAAAAGAAAAAUUAGUUGUAUUAGCAACAACGAUGUAUUUCCUGAUGGAUCUAAGAUAGAAAAUAUUUUAGAAAAUUCUCACGCAAAAAAAUGCUAUAAAAAUAGUGAAGAUAAAAAAAAAAAGUAUCAAAAGAUAGAUAUAAGAACAUUAAAUAAAAACGUUCAAAAAAAUAAAGAAAUAUGUACUAAUUGCUAUAUUCACUAUGAUAAUUUUAAAUCAAGUUAUAUUCUAACAUUUAUAAACAGAAAACAAAAAAAACAAAGAAAAAUAUUUCCAGUUGAACCUAAUGAAAAGGAUGAAGCUUAUAUAAUUCAAAUUAUGAAAUAUAUAGAAAAAUUAAAAGAUCAAGAUAAAAUAUAUGGUGUUACAAAAAAUGAAGAAAUUGAAGGGUUGAAGUCGAAUCAAAUAAAUUUAAAUAAAAAUGAAGAUUUUUUUGAUAUUAAUAAUUUAGAUAAUAUGAAUAAUAAGGUGGAUUAUAUUGAUAAAAAUUACUUUUUAAAUAAUAAACCUAUGGUUAACGAGUGCAUAGAUAAUAACUUAGCAAACAAUAAUGAAAUCAAUACAAAUAAUGUUAUUGCACUAAAUAAUAAGAUGAAUAAUUUUAUAAGUCCUUUUAAUGAUCAGUUGUAUCUUUCUUCUAAUAAUAUAAAUUAUAUGCAUGGAAAUAUAUCUUCUCAAAAUAAUAUAAAUAAUACAAAUUGCCUAAACAACAUGAAUCCUAAUAUUCCAGAGCAUUUAAAUAUUUACAAUGAUGGGAAUAUACCUUCUAAUGUUGAUUUCAUGAAUUUUCAUUUGUUAAAUGAUACAAACAAUUUUGAGAAUUUUAAUUUAAUUAACACUAGUACAAAUAACAAUCAAAAUUUAAAUAUGUUUUACAUAAAUGAAAAAAAAAAUAACUUAGUAAAAUCAAUUAAUGAUAAUUAUUUAGAUGAAGUUAAUAUGAUGGAUAAUAUGAAUAAUAAUAAUUAUAAUUCAUUUCCGAGCGAUCUAUGUGAGAAUAUUUUGAUUAACAAUAUGAAAAAUAUUAUUUACCCAUGCGAAAAUAACAUUAAUACAAUGAAGUCAUUAAAGAACAAUCAUAUUAAUGAAAAUGAUGAAAUAAAUUCAAUUAAUAUUCUAAGUAAUAUUAAUAUUUCAAAUUUUCCUAAUAUAUCUACUAACAAUGAAAGUGAAAUAAUGCAAAAGUAUAAUUCUAUUAUGAAUGAAUAUGACAGAAAUGCUUUAAAUAAUUCAAAUUAUAGUGAAAAUAGUUUAGAAAAAAAUAUUUCAGAAGAAAAUAGUAUGAGAAAUAACGUAUAA